AUGUCGCUUGAUCUAUCGGUUGGACCAUCGCAAGAUCUCACCUUAGAACUUUGCAAAUUCCUGACGAGUCUCAAAUAUGAAGAUCUACCGGAAGAUGUUAUCUAUAUGGCCAAAGCCAGUAUCCUUAACAGCAUUGGUUGCGGGCUAUCAUCGUCACCCAGUUCCCUCCCAGCCGCCGCAAAAUUAUACGCCGCACUAGACCCGCUUGCCAAAAGCCCUCGACAGUCAACAGUGCUAGCGGUUGUGGAAAAGGCGACAGUUGACGAUGCAGCUUUGUUGAAUGGACUGAUGAUGACCGCCCGGUUCUUCGAUGAUACUCACUUGUCGACUCUUACCCAUCCAUCAGGCCCGCCCUUGGCAGCUAUCAUGGCUUAUGCAGAGGCUGCAGGUCUCAAUGGAAAGGACUUCAUCCUCGCCUUCAUAAUCGGUGUUGAGGUGGGCUUAACUCUCACAAAAGCGUUGGGAUUCGGGCCUUACAAGAAGGGCUGGCAUUUGACAGGCAUCGUAGGGUCCUUCAGCGCUGCAGCGGCGAUAUCAAGCCUCAUGGGGCUGGACGCUCAUGGCAUGGCCACAGCACUUGGUCAUGCUAGCAGUAUGUCAGCUGGGUCCAGGAACGUUUUUGCAACCGACACCUUGAUUAUGCACGCGGGUCGCGGAGCUCAAAACGGAAUUCUUGCUGCGCGACUCGCAAGUAAAGACUUCGGCAGCACCACAAACGCCUUGGAGAAAUGGAUCAAUCUGAUGUCUGUAGCAGGGGAGGAAAGCCACCCUCAGAGAAUAUUGGAUUUGCUACAUGUCAAGAACGGUAAACGGGAUUGGAAACUGCUGGAGAAUGCGUUCAAGCCAUAUCCCUGCGGGAUUGUCAUCCAUCCGUUGAUAGAUUCAGGGAUAGAGGCUCGGCAAGAGAUCUUUGGAGACGGGCGGAGCCCGAAAGACACUCUCAGCAUUGUCAAAAAAAUUGAAGCAACGGUCUCACCUAUGACAAUUCGGCUUUGUGGUAUACGACAUCCUCAAGAGCUGGUACAGACCCUCUUCAGCAACUAUCAUGGUCUGUCAGUGGGGUUGAUACUAGGUGCAGGAGGCAUCAAAGAGUUCUCAAAGGAGGUUGCGGACGAUUCUAUCGUGGCAGGUAUGCGAGAUCGCAUCACGCUGCUGCCAAACGAGUCAUUCAGAGACAACCAGGCCAUUGUUAAAUUCUGGUACACGUCCGCUGAUUGUACUGAGAGAAUGAAGGAGGUCACGAUCGAACAUGCGUUAGGGUCUUUGGAGAAUCCCAUGACCGCGGAACAGCUCAAUUCCAAAUUUGAGGACCAGGCAGCUGAAGGCAAGCUCGAGCAGACGAACGUUAGCAAAGCGAUUUCGGAGCUUUGGAAUUUGGAAACAGUAGUUAACAUUCAGUCUUUGAUGCGGCUGCUGGCGAGCUCAACAACUCCACAGAACUAUCCUAGUUAA